UGUCCCAGAAAGGACGGGACCAUUGUGUACACUCUUCUCAGGCAGUCAUGGGUAACUGGGUGGAGAAUGAAGGACUGUCCAUCUUUGUUGUUCUUGUGUGGCUGGGGUUAAAUGUCUUCCUCUUUUGGUGGUUCUAUCUUGCAUAUGAUCUCCCACCAAAAUUCUUCUACACCAGAGUCCUCCUUGGCCGUGCUUUAGCUCUAGCAAGGGCUCCUGCAGCUUGUCUGAAUUUCAACUGCAUGCUGAUUCUGCUGCCAGUAUGUCGAAACUUGCUCUCCUUCCUCAGAGGAUCAAGUGCGUGCUGCUCAACCCGUGUCCGACGACAGCUGGACAGGAACCUCACGUUUCACAAAAUGGUGGCAUGGAUGAUCGCCCUUCAUACUGCAAUUCACACCAUCGCACACUUGUUCAAUGUAGAGUGGAGUGUGCAAGCACGUGUUGAAGAAAAAGGCACUCUGGCAGCUGUACUCUCUAGCCUUGGUGAUAACCCAAAUGAAAGCUAUUUGAACUUUGUUAGAAAAACUAUUCCGAAUCCUGUGGGGGGCCUAUAUGUGGCUUUCACGUACUUGGCUGGUCUCACUGGCGUAAUCAUUACACUGGCGCUCAUACUGAUCAUCACGUCAUCCACCAAAACCAUCCGAAGGUCAUAUUUCGAAGUAUUUUGGUACACCCACCAUCUCUUUGUCAUCUUCUUUAUUGGUCUUGUCAUCCACGGUGCUGGGCGUAUUGUACGGGGACAGACAGCUGAGAGUCUGGCUGAACAUAAUCCAGACAUUUGCGCUAAGAACUUCACUGACUGGGGGAAAAAGGGUGCUUGUCCAAUCCCCCAAUUUUCAGGGAAUCCUCCUAUGACAUGGAAAUGGGUAGUAGGUCCUAUGUUUUUGUACCUGUGUGAGAGGUUGGUGCGGUUUUGGAGAUCACAGCAGAAGGUUGUUAUCACAAAGGUGGUCAUUCAUCCCUUCAAGACAAUUGAGCUCCAGAUGAUGAAGAAGGGCUUCAAGAUGGAGGUUGGGCAAUACAUUUUUGUCAAAUGUCCUGCAGUGUCUAAACUGGAAUGGCAUCCAUUCACACUGACCUCUGCUCCAGAGGAGGAUUACUUCAGCAUUCAUGUCCGUAUUGUAGGGGAUUGGACAGAGGGCUUGUUUAAUGCCUGUGGAUGUGAUAAGCAAGAAUUCCAGGAAGCAUGGAAGUUGCCCAAGAUAGCUGUGGAUGGUCCCUUUGGAACAGCUAGUGAGGACGUAUUCAGUUAUGAAACUGUUAUGCUUGUUGGAGCUGGAAUAGGGGUCACUCCAUUUGCAUCUGUUCUCAAGUCUGUCUGGUACAAGUACUGCCAUGAUGCAACCAACCUGAAACUCAAAAAGAUCUAUUUUUACUGGCUUUGCAGGGACACUCAUGCCUUUGAAUGGUUUGCUGACCUCUUGCAGUCUCUGGAGACUCAAAUGCAGGAGAGGAAUAACGCAGAAUUUCUCAGCUACAACAUCUACCUUACAGGCUGGGAUGAAUCUCAGGCCACUCAUUUUGCAGUGCAUCAUGAAGAAGAGAAAGAUGUGAUUACAGGUCUUAAACAGAAAACCUUGUAUGGAAGACCUAACUGGGAAAAUGAGUUUAAAACCAUUGCAAGGCAGCAUCCUGGUUCCAGAAUAGGCGUUUUCCUCUGUGGACCUGAGGGCCUAGCUGACACACUCAACAAACAGAGCAUCAGCAACUCAGAAGCUGACCCACGAGGAGUACACUUCAUUUUUAACAAGGAAAAUUUCUAACUCUCAAACACAUGAGAGUCAUUCAAUACAAAAUCUAAAGACUAGAUUUUUUUUUCCAUUUGAAGUCCAGGAAAGACAGCCCAGCUUCCGAUUUCAGCUACACUAAUGCAAAUUCCUUUCCUUCUUUGGAAUUAUCUUGGCUCUACGGUGGAGUAACAGAGAGUCAAGUUUGGCCUUAGGGUUGCUUGCACUGCCUUCCACAUACUGGCAAUUUAGCAGAAAUAUAGUCUUUGUGUGUAUGAGGGCAUUUCCCCUCAAUUAACUGUCUUUAUUCUCCUGUUAUUUGUAGUGCCUGCUGCAGGGUCUAGGCCAACAUGUGCAUCUGAGAGUCAGUUCACACUGAUAAAGCUUACUGAUAUUAAACAAUAAAGCAUUCUAGCAAAAUGCUUCCUAUUUAAGAGGUAGCUUAUCCUCACUACAGAGAGUCCCUGGAAAGUGGGGGGAUUUAGUGAAGGGUGAAUGGGAAAAAUCAUUACAUAUGACAGAGAAGCUGUUUUGCACACCAGCAUUUUUCAGUCUUCUGAACGUAAGCUUAAAUGUCUUGUACAAGAGACAGAGGGAGUGUACAAGAGAGAGGGAGUGGACAGCUGAGAAGCAGCCAUUCCUCUUUAGGAAGGCACAGAACUGAAAAGGAAGCACCUGGAUGUCUGAGCCCCUCCAGUUGGGGAGAACAUAAGGCUGGAGUCAAACCAAGUCUUGCACUCAAUACGUGAGCCAUUGCAUGGCUGCUUCAGACUCUCCUCUCUCAGUUUCACGUCCUUAAAUUCACAGUGCAGGGAUCUAAACAAGAAGAGAAACAAGAAAAGAUUUUGUAUUUUUAGGUCCUCCACUUCUGAGCUUCAAGGUUGAAAAAGCUUGUUGCUAAAUGGGUCCUCUAUGAAGCACUCGUAAAUGUAUACAGUGCUUUUGGCCCUGUUCAGCUGUUCCUCACUGACAGCAGUGAGACAGGUUUGAGAAAGCAAAGACUGCGUGGGUAGUAGCUGGAACAGCUAUGGAUAGAGUUUCUGAUUUGCACAAGACAGCCAUACAGAGCACAGUACUUCUGGAUGUACACUCUAGGCAACAGGUUCAUAAGAAAAGGAGCCAAUACAUGUUUAAUAUCAGCAACAGAGAAAAAGAAACCAUUAAAACCAGCAGUAAAGGGGGGGAAAAAAAGAGAAAAAGAUGCAAAAGGCCUUGAAAUAGCCACAUUGUAAUACACUGUGGUUUCCUCAGUCAGUGCCUUCUUGUUUCCUGUUCAGCCCAAUUGCCCCAACUGCCUGCCUACUGCCUUCUAAACUCUGCAGCCAAACUCUACACACAGCUCAUACACAACACUAGACCGUGCUGUAAGAUUCUUACAGUCGAAAGUCUACUUACAGAAGAAAGUGUUGGCCUGCCUAUGCAGUUCCAGACAUGUUUGUAUUACCAUCUUGUUGUAUGUAUUUUACAUCCCAACUCACUAGACAGGAUGUGUUUUCCAUUUAUAACAUUUCUAAAUGUUAUGUAACUGCCCCAUGCGACUUCAGAAAGACAGUUUACCAUUUCGUAUGUGUUGUUAGCAGUUCCUGUGAACUGUUAGAUGACACUUUCAAUUGUGUCAACAUCUGAUGGGGAGGAAGUCACAGUUGGUAAACACUAGUGAAGAUCAACCCUUGGUGAAGGAGUUUUUCAAGUUCUUUCCCUCAAAAGGGCCAUAUUUGAAUCUAUAUAGUUCUUUUUGAAACACACCUAUUAGCUCAGAAUAGAGCUUAAGCAGAAUUGAAUAUUUUUCUUUGUCGGAAUAAAACUUUUGCUACUGAAACAUAAUAACGGUCUGACCCUAUGCAGAGGGCAUUCAAAUAUUGGCUUUGAUUGUAGCGGAAAUAUGAUCAGACUUUCACACUGUUAGAAAGCAGGCAAAGAGGAAGUGCAAGGGUCUAAUGGAGAAAGCACAUUUACCAUCCAAAUAAUCUUGGGUUUUUUUUUUAAUUUUAACUCACUCAUUAAUUCUCUAAAUAUUGUCAUGUUUCUCUUAAAAAUCCUUCCUGACCGAGUCAGUGUUAAAUAGACACUCCCUGUUGUACUGUACACUUGUGCUAAGGGUUGUUUGUCACCUUUAACUCAGAGAAAGGAACUCCCUGCUGAUUACUAAACCACUGUCUUCUUAAUACUUGUAAAAUAAGUAGGUGGGAGUUUCUCAGUUUCUUUCAUAGGUUUCUUGUAUUAAUUCCCACUAAAACAGCAAGGCACACCUUAUCAGUCAUGGUCUGAAUAUGAUUUUUUUUUUGAAACCUAAGAUACAUGGGUGAAACGGAUGGCACUGAAACACAAACAUAAGAAAAAGUAAGAACUAGGCCCCAUCCUACCUACACUUUAGCAAAGCAUGGAGGGCUGUUAGUGGUACUGCUUUAAGUCAAUGCUACUGCCUUCUAGGAUGGUAAAAGAGUAAAGCCCUUCCUCUAAGCACUUGCCUUCACUAUAGAAGCUCCCCAAAUCGGUGGCUUAACCAGUAACCCACCCUCGGCACAGAACUCCUGUUGAUAAAACAUCAUUUACUACACAUUUAUUAGACAGAAAGCCUCUGUCUGUGUUAAAUUCUUAGUCUAUUGUGGCUAUGGCAACACUGCUGCUUCCCACACGGGACACAGAGCGGAGAGUAUGGCUGCUACAUUCUCUUCACUCACCCUGAGGAGAAGGCUAGGGCAGCAGGCUAGAGGUGAGCUUAAAGGACAGUCCUGUUUUGUGGCCAAAUGCCACUGCUUGGAGUCAGAUCCUUGCAAUAGGCUGGGCCUCUGACAGAAAAAUUCCUCCUUCCAUAUGUUUAUUUUGUUUUGUUUUGUCAUGGGGAGGGUAGGGAGCAGUAGCUUUCACAAUAAACGAAGAUUCUUUUGCUUUCAAAUUGCUGACGCUGCAGGGCUGCCCUGCAAACAAAGAGCGGCUCCACGCCCUCAUUUGAGAAACUGUGCAUAGUGUUUAGCAGUUUAGGCAAAUUUAACAAUUCAGGCAAAGCUGUACGGCACUGUGAGCUUGAUGCAGUAGCACUGGCAAGAUUUUCGGAAAGGCAGGGACGUCUCAAGGUUGCUCCUGCAGACGGCCAGGGGAAGCUGUGCAAGGGAGAGGGGGAUGGCAGAGAAUAGUACAAGGCAAGACUUGAGGGAGCCCGGUGUUUCACUGUCAGGGAUCAGUGCUGCCCCUAAGCUGUUCCUCUCACACACCUCUGACACUGUCCAUGUGCACAGGGGUCCUUGCGUAUGCUCCGCAAUCAUCCGCACUUCCAGUGGGAUCUGAAGACUGCAAGUGGCUCUCCCAUUAAGGAAAUCCUUUUACAGUAACUUUCUGUUCUAGCUCUGCCUCAUCAAUAUAGAGAUGACUCUAAAAGAUGUAGGAGCCUCUUAGUACAGUUGACAAUACCAGUACAAGUACGAGGACAGUCUGUGUGACACACACUGUUGAACUCAUGCUGUACCUUAGUUUAUGAAGUGGGCUGAAGUCUUCAGGUCUGUCCUCCCAUCCAGUUCCACAAAUUCCCUAUUCAUGUGAAAAUGCUCUGCUGACUGUAAGAAAAGCCAGUUGGUGCUGGAUCAGUAAAAUAAAUGUUUCAACUAAUGGAUGCAAUUAGGAGCUCAAUGCAAAGUGACUGAAAAAAAGAAGUUGGCCUUACUAGUAGCUUCAGCUCAGCAUAUUUUUCCUUCCCUUCUUAUGUAAUAUUGCCUGUCUUCCCAUAUCUAGUCAUUCCAGUUCACUGUAGUUAGGCUUACAGUUAAAGACGUUGAUCCUGAGGGGUGCUGGGCAACUCUGGCUUCCAUUGGCCCCAUCUGGAUCGUAGAAAUUGGGAGUGUUCUGGAGCCCCCCACUCUGUAUGGCCCCUGGUCAAAUAGAGAUAAUAUGAUUGAGUGAGACCAGGAUAUACACGGGGGCUCAUCUAGCCCUCUAUUCCUUCCCUGGUGCACAUUAGUCUGUGCAAAGGAAACUCAAGUUUUCAUAUUUGGCUCAACAGCCAGCAAAGUGUUAACCUACAGUAAAAAUGCUACCCUGCCUGUUCACUGUCAUGCAUAUCAGAGGGGGAAACCACCCUGGUUGCAAAAUAGGUCUUCCUCUUUUCAGUCUUGUAAGACUUUCUCUGCUGGGUGGGGACUUUUUGCAUUUAAAUCCUCAAGCAGUGUGUCAAACAAAAUUAGAAAAACAACCCCAAAGCUGCCUGUCAAACACAAAGUAUUUUUGAACAAACAAGAAAUAACAUUAUGGUCUCAUUAUGGCACUUUCUUUCAGGAUCAUACUCUAAUUUGGGAUAUUCUUAACCAAUUAGUUCACAGUUUUUCAUUUGUUCACCUUUCAGUGAGUUUUUUUGUAGGAUUCAUAGAAAGGUGUAAGCCUGACACGUCAAACACGCAUGCAUACAUGUUCAAAGGAAGCUACUAGCAUACAGUAAGAUGUUCACGAUUAUAAGCAUUUUCAGGACCAGGACUUUCAUGUCUGACUGUGCAUACCAGUGUCAGUUCCACAGGUACAAGCCAGAGUAGUUAGUUGUCAAGAACCACACACUCAUUCUUGCAUUUCAAACCAACCUUAGCAACCCACUGGUCUCACUAACAUGCCACACACACAGACCCAGUCCACACUAACUGCAAUAAAUUAGAGCAGGGUGGAAAAGUUGAAAGAACUGUCGAAAGCUUACACACGCUUCCUAGCCCUAUUCUGCACUUCCUCUAACCUCAUCGCUCCCUUUCUGCUGCUACUCUUCUGCGUGGCUAAUUCAUGUGUCCCUGCUCACUCAGCUACCACAUAUUCCUCUCUGUUCCUAUCAAAAUUCUACCGAACGCUGCUUUUCCACCACAGCUCACCCACUCCUUCCUGCUUCCCAGCUCCACAGCUUUCCUAAAGACUCUCUAGCUCCCUCAGUCUCUUUGCUGAUUUCCUGAGUGCUUGUGCCCACUGCAGGGCAAGCACAGGGAAAGGCAAAGUGGGGGAUGGAGCUCAGAGCUCCAACCAGCACUAUGCGCAUCUCAUACAGUGUGAUUCAUCUGCAGCCUCCCUGUCACUAUAAAUAGAUCAGGGCUGUACCCACCUCUGCAUUGCCCCAGCAGACUAUAUUUGCUCCUCUGCUGUAAAAUGCCCUCCCCGCCCUUAACAACUGAUUCUUAUUUUAAAGUCUGCAGCGUAGGAAAUUUAUCAGCUGCUCUCUUCUAAUAUCUCAGCAUGUAUGGGUCAAAUUCUGUCCUACUGUAAAAUAUAUCUGGAUUUGGCCGUACAUUUCAUUUGCAUUGUGCAGAAAUGAGGGGGAUGGCCAAAGAACUCAUUCCCACCCUAAACACACAGACAAAAACACCUAUCCACCCUGCUGAGCAUUGCAGUAGAAGAGAGAGGGAGCGAAAGGCUAGGCAAGGAGGAGUCAGCCCAUCUCUCUCCCUUGGAACAGAUGCUUUAUAAUUUCAGAAACAAGAUACAGAGCAAACUGCUCUGCAAAUAGCUCUUUGGUUGAUUUUUUUUUAACUUUUCAAAGAAACAAAUGUAGAUCAAUUGGCAUUAAGAUGAGAAACUACAAAAACAUCAUUCAUCACGAGUUUAAUGACCUUCAAGACAUCUGGAUAUUUGUGAAGACAUCUUCAGUCAAGCAACCUUUGAAGUAAAGCAUAGAUGCUUCUUAUGCUGAUGUCUUAUGCUGAUUGUCUUUCUACACCCAUGUGAGCUAUACUUGACAUUAAAAAAGUCCAGGGUCUUCACUGUGGCAGUAUAGGUUUUCUCUUAGAAUGCUGGAGAUCACUGAGAAAAUUCAGGUUAAAUUUUCCUCAGCAUCAGUUGGUGCAGAAAUGAUGCAGGGAAGAACUAGGACAGGGCAAUUGCCAUCAUCUCUUUGCAGUUAACAGGCCAAAAGGUAGUGUUACACCAGGGCAUUUGGGCACAGCAAGAGCCCAGUUUCAUAUUAUAGACUCGCCACCCUUCUAAAUUGACUUCGGAGAUUUUCACGCCAUGUGCUCAAUACCCAGAAGCUAUAGCAAACUCCGUGCAGGACAGUCUACUGCUGGCCAAGUUCCCAUGAACAGCUAAUGAGGACAGCUGCUGACGUGGUAUUGUCACCUUGACUCUGCCUUUUUCUCCCACCUCCUUUCCAUCUAUGGUAACCAAUGCUAGGUCAAGCCAGUCUUCAGGUGGUAAGUUCACACAAGCCCUCUGAGAUUUGAAACCUGCUCAGACAGCAGCAAGGAAAUAAUCAGAAGUGACUGUCGCACCAGUUGUGAGAAACACUUUCUAGAACCACUUCCCUUGAGGAUACAGAUAGAGCCCUGCAGACCAUCAGCAGCUAUCUUCUGCUCCAAAAUUAUGAAUGGUCCCGGUGUCUAUUAGCAUUUCAUUAGGCCUAAUCCUUUGUACUAGGACUGCACAUGGUUGAGUAAAAAUGUGAAUAACUUUCCAUCAUCAUUGUGUGUCUUACAUGUGCAUAAAUUAACACACCCAAUAGCAAAGGAUUGAUGCUACAAAAUGUUCCCCUAAAAGCAGUCUGUAAAGGACAGUAAGAUGGGCUGCAAUGAAAUACGGCUUACAGAACAUGCAUAUUACAGAAUGUGUACUAUUUUCCAUUCACUUUGCAGGAAACCUCUAAAGAUAGUCUCCACCACAGUUAUUGCUGAGUC